AUGGAUUCAUUAAGCAACGCGAGUAACACUUCCAAGAAGAGACCCUCCAAGAGUCUUCGCCGGGCAUGCUGGGAAUGCAAAAAACCCAAGGUUCAAGUCGAUGUUAGCCCAGCGACGAUCAGCCCUCGCACAAGUAUGGACAACCCAGGACCGGAUCGGGUAGACGAAGUAAACCCAUGCUCGAAACACAUCCAAGAAAGGCUGUGCAAACUCGAGCAGUUAUUUGAGAGAUUCGUGUGUCGUAAAAAUGCCACCACAGCCGCAGUCAAUACUGCGCCGCGCAGUCCUACCCUCACUGCUUCAGGCUCUAGUGAGAAAGAAAGCAAACCGGAUAUGUCCGGAUACCGAAGUGACGCGUACAGCAUCUCCUCACUGGGCGACGGUAUUCUCGGAGCGUAUACAUGGACGUCAGCGCCUUCUAUCCGUACCUUGGUCGACAAACCGGAGACUAAAGGGCAGCCCGCAGGCUAUGACAGAAAUCAUCGAACACUGGCAGCCCUACUACCCUCACAACAUGAUGCAGACAUCAUCUUCGAAUCGUCUAAUGGGUGGAUGAUCCUAGAAGGCAUCUACCGGGCUUCCAAGGAAAUCUAUGUUCACAAGGACUUGCAGUCGUAUGCUCUGGACAUGCAAGCCGUUGCACAAGAGCGAACCAUUAUCGUGGCGCGCACGCUUUUACAUUUGGCGAUUUGUAUCAACUCUCUCCCACCAGAGUUCGACUGUUCGCGACUCUCGAGCAUGUGGAAUUUAGACGCAACGAUGCAAAACUAUGUUUCAACGGUAACAUCACUUGUAACUUCCUCAGAUGAACAGAUGAUGACUCUGCAUGGACUCGAGACGCUGUUGCUCUUGGCUCUUUUUCACAUGAACAGUGCUUCACUGCGGCAGUCAUGGCUCGUUGUGCGCCGCGGUCUUAGCCUGGCCCACCUGAUGGGAUUCCAACGCAUUAUCGCGCAAGAGGAUCUUAACCCGGCAAUCCCGGCGGUCACGAAUGCAAAAUCGAUCUGGCGCUCCUUCGUCGACCUUGAUCGGUAUCUGGGACUUCAUCUCCGCCUUCCGUUCGGUGCGGAUGACUAUCCACUUGCGGCAGACGCUGAUGCGCAUCUGAUCCAUCGUUCGAAACUCAAUUACAUGACGAGACAAGUGGCAGAGCUUGAUCGCGAUGUCUCACCCCAAGCAUACUCAGCGGCGCUGGCACUGGACGAACAACUGGAGUCAUGCAUGAAGGAGAUGCCCAAGGACUUUUGGGAGGUGCCGAACAUCCCGUCUACAGCAAGAUCACCAGAGUCAUUUGCUACGUUGGAACGACUGAUGGUGCAGGUCUGGCACUUUGAGAUGAAGAUAUUCAUCCACUUGCCUUAUUUACUCAGAGCACAUCUGGACAACCGAUAUGAUUACUCCAAGGUCACCGCGUUGCAAGCCUGCCGGAACGUUUUGAUGAGAUGGUUUGCCCUUCGCAACUCAAACAUCACACAAGCCUGCUGUCGUUUCGCCGAGAUCGGAGUGUUCAUUGCCGCCGUCACUCUCACACUCGACAUCGUCAUUGAGCUGGGCACAAAGGAGAAGAGCGAGGUGAAGAAGACCAAAGGAACAGAUUUUGCUAUGAUCUGCCGCCUUAUCGGCGAGAUGGAAAAGCUGGCCAGCGCAAGCCCACGUGAGAGAAUCGCGGCGCGCAGUGCUGUGGUGCUUAAGAAGAUCCUCUCGUCGCUAGACCCGAGCAAACAGCCCGUUGGCAAAGUACGCCAUACAAUACCGUUCUUCGGAACAGUGGAGUUGGAGUUUAUGAAACUGCCCAUACGGCCAGUGUUCGACAUCGACUCUGAUGCAGGCAAGCUGUUGAACGCCACUGCUACGGGGCAACAUGUUCCUGUGUUUUCGUUCAUCGACAACUCUUUGUGGCCGCCGGCUGACGACGAGUCAGAUCAAUGGGAUAUUGUCCUAUUUGACGGUCUUGAAGACCGCGAUACUCAGGGCAACUGGGUGUUCUAG